CUGAAAUAGGAUCAAAGAGCAAAAGGCAACUCACAGUGAAAGCAAGGAUUCACGGGGAACAGGCAGACACGAACAGCCACUGCAGGUGUGUGAGCAAGACUGCUGCUGCAACAAAAGCCUAAACCCAACCACAUCUUGGGAAAAGAAUGGCCACUUCCUGGAGUGCAAUCUUUUUCAUGCUGGUGGUAUCCUGUGUUUGCAGCACUAUCUUCCACAGGGACCAGCAGACUUGGUUUGAGGGUGUCUUCCUGUCUUCCAUGUGCCCCAUCAAUGUCAGUGCCAGCACCUUGUAUGGAAUUAUGUUUGAUGCAGGGAGCACUGGAACUCGAAUUCAUGUUUACACCUUUGUGCAGAAAACACCAGGACAGCUUCCAAUUCUAGAAGGGGAAAUUUUUGAAUCUGUGAAGCCAGGACUUUCUGCUUUUGUAGAUCAACCUAAGCAGGGUGCUGAGACUGUUCAAGGACUCUUAGAGGUGGCCAAAGACUCAAUCCCCCGAAGUCACUGGAAAAGGACCCCAGUGGUCCUGAAGGCAACAGCAGGACUGCGCUUAUUGCCAGAACGGAAAGCCCAGGCUCUGCUCUUUGAGGUAAAAGAGAUCUUCAGGAAGUCACCUUUCCUGGUACCAGAGGACAGUGUUAGCAUCAUGGAUGGAUCCUAUGAAGGCAUAUUAGCUUGGGUUACUGUGAAUUUUCUGACAGGUCAGCUGCAUGGCCACAGCCAGGAGACCGUGGGGACCCUGGACCUGGGGGGGGCCUCCACCCAAAUCACGUUCCUGCCCCAGUUUGAGAAAACCCUGGAACAGACGCCUAGGGGCUACCUCACUUCCUUUGAGAUGUUUAACAGCACUUAUAAGCUCUACACACACAGUUACUUGGGAUUUGGAUUGAAAGCUGCAAGACUGGCAACUCUGGGAGCCCUGGAGACAGAAGGGAUUGAUGGACGCACUUUCCGAAGUGCCUGUCUACCAAGAUGGUUGGAAGCAGAGUGGAUCUUUGGAGGUGUGAAAUACCAGUAUGGUGGAAACCAAGAAGGGGAGAUGGGCUUUGAGCCCUGCUAUGCCGAAGUCCUGAGGGUGGUACAAGGAAAACUUCACCAGCCAGAGGAGAUCCGGAGAAGUUCCUUCUAUGCAUUCUCUUAUUAUUAUGAUCGAGCUGUUGACACAGACAUGAUUGAUUAUGAAAAGGGGGGUGUUUUAAAAGUUGAAGAUUUUGAAAGAAAGGCCAGAGAAGUGUGUGAUAACUUGGAAAACUUCACCUCUGGCAGUCCUUUUCUGUGCAUGGACCUAGCCUACAUCACAGCCCUGUUAAAGGAUGGCUUUGGCUUUGCAGACAGCACCGUCUUACAGCUCACAAAGAAAGUGAACAACAUAGAAACAGGCUGGGCCUUGGGAGCCACCUUUCACCUGUUGCAGUCUCUGGGCAUUUCCCACUGAGGACACGCACUUCCUCUGAGGCCUGCAUUCGCCAACAACCUUUUUAAAGGGAGAAGGAGAGUCAUUUUCUGAGCUAGUCUAGGGACAACCUGGACUGAAGCCCAGCAGCUAGCUUUAUCAGGAGAAGAGGGGCUUUUAUAGAUGGAUCUUGCCCUUGAGCCUAGAAAUUUGAGUUUAAUUAGUUUUACACACUUAAUGUGAACUGCUAACCACUCAGUGUGCACAGCUGGCACCAGAGUCUAAAUCUUUUGAGAUUCUUUGUAUGUCACAGAGAGCCCCAUGGGCCAAAAAGUAUAGCUUUGGAACUCAACCUUGGAGAGCCCAGGGACAGGUCCCUGGGAACCAAAGAAAAAUCUCAUUUCAACCCUUUGAGUGCCUCAUUCCUUUAAACAUUUUAAUUUUCCUCUUACAUGCUAAAUUAAGCUGAUUUAUUGUAAUCCCAUGACCUACCACUACCAGUAUUUUUUUCUCCCUGUACACUGCCUACCCUUAUCUGCACAAACUUUUCCCAAAAGAGAAAAAAAUACCUGGUUUUGCUUUUCAUGUAUAGUUCCACCAAAAAAAAAAAAAAAAAGUUCCAUAU